CGAGUCUCGAGUCAGCGUCCUUGCGGUUCCUCUUUUUCUUCCAUCGUAUUUCGUUUCUUCGAUUCUUUCAGGCUGGUUACUGUUUCUGAACAUCUGGGCUGGCCUAUUUCGUCGCGGUCCUUCUUUGUUCUGAAGUCGGCGGCGCAGCAGAUUUUCCCAGGAUGCGCUGUCCGGGCUGUUUUGCGCCCCCCGCUGGCGAUCCGCUUUUUCCACGAGAACUGCUAUCCGAGCUAACUCUUUUCUCUAGUAUUUCUGCCCUUGGGAUGGAGCCAAAUCGUCUCGUGCUUCGCUUUCUCAUUUAGCAGAAGGCACUUUUGAAGCGGCUCGCGCUGUCCCAGCUCGCUCCUUGCUCGAAGACUUCAGAACGAGGCACCGAGGGUGUCACGGACGUCUUUGUCCAUGUUUUCCGCUGCUUCUCGUCUUCCCACUUUUCCCCACAAGGUAACCUCCAAAGAUUUUUCAGCGGCCCGUCGGGCGCCCUCAACAAGCAGGUGCGGCGGCGAUAUCGCCGCAAGGCAUCCCGUUCAGUCCUUUGUCUAGCGAAGCACAUUUCGCCCGAGUUUUCCAGCGUCUGCGGCACUGUAUGUACAGCAAGCAGUUCCUGUUUUGUGCAGCAGCCUGACCCUCGUCUCGUGUCAUGAGUUGUUCCUCUCCGUCCCCUGCGACCGGACUCACCUUUCGUCUUGCCAGUCGGUUUCUCUCUGCUUGUCUGCCGGCCGGCGCGCGCUUGCGCCCCGUCCUCGUCCUUGAAGUGUGCCGCCUUCCGGACUUUCAGCUUUUCCCCGCUGGACCCCGCCCGCGUGCGCCAUGAGUGAGGAAGGCGCCCAGCAGCUGUACUGGGACGAAGACGCCCAGAGAUACUACAAAUACGACGCGGACAAGAACGACUACUACACGGACGAUGAGACCCGCGCAGCGGACGAGGCGACCGCGCAAGAAGCCGCCGCAGAAGCGGCAGCUCAAGCAGCGGCAGCAGCCGAGGCGGACGGCGUUCCAGGAAAUCCUGCCUCGGCGGCUCCGAGCCGCGUGCCUUCGCGGGCUCUGAGCCCCGCUGUAAGUGGUCGCUGUCAACAGAACACUGUCACAAAGGCCGUGCUGUCUGCGCCUUCCUCGCGGCCUUCGUCAACACCCUCGACUCCGCCGUUACGCGCCUCUUCAGCGGUCGGUUCGCCUCCGCCGGGGGACUGUGCUGAGGGUGUGAAGUCUUCACUGGUCGAGAAGGCUUCGACGGACAAUGGCGCAGAUGGGGUGAAGGACCAGGCGUCUUCGUCCGGCGAUUCUGCGAAGGUGGAGACGAGUCCAUUCAGUCCAGCAGGCGCAGCGCAGUCCAAUGAAACAAUCGCGGGGAAAACUCUCUCCCGCGAGCUGCUGUCUGCGGAUGUGCCGACGGCUCACCCAGUGCCCUCAGUGAGUGGCGGAUCGGAGAGCGCCUCGAACGGCCCUGCCGACAGUCCCUUGGUCACCACAAAGACUUCCAUCUUCCGCAGCGGGACUCUCGCCUCCCGCGACAAGGGUCUGGAAGAACUGUCCGUCGGCGGCGGCCGAGGCGGCGGCGUUGGCGCGGCUGCCGACACCGUGGCGACGGCGCACGACCAAGACUUGAAGAAGGAACUUCUUUCGCUUCAGAAAAAACUGGAACUGGCCGAGAAGAGGAUCCAGGACCUGACUGUGCAGCUGGUGCAUGCUGAGCAGGGCAUGACAGAUGACGAGCGCAUUGCCAACCUCACCCGCGACCGUGAUGAGCUUUCCUUUCAGCUGAAGCGGCAGGAGGAGGAGAUCGCUGAACUCGAGGAGGGACUGGAGGCUGCAGCUGUGGAGAAGGAAGGCGCUCUUCUGCAGGCUGAGAAGAACAAGGAGCUGGCAGCGGACAUCAAACUUCAGUACGAAAAUUUGUUAGUCGAUAAAGAUUUGGAGUUGGCGGCCCUGAGGGAAGAGAUGGCGCAGCAGCAGCUGCAGCUCCGCGACUCGCAGCGGCAGCAGCUGGACAACCAGCAACUGCGGGAACGCGUAUUCCACUACGACAAAACGUUUGUUCAGCUCAAGCAGUUGCUGCUGGAAGUGUCGAUGCAAAAGACGGCGAAGGAAGAAGAGGUCAACGCGCUUCUCGAGUUCCAGAGAGAAGCCAGUGAGCGCAUCGACGAACUCGAGAACGGGGCGGCCGACGAUGCGCAGCUGCUGCAGAUUUGCGAGGAGCAACAAGUGAAGCAAAUGGAGUUGAUCGACAUUCAGCAGCAGCAACUACAGAGCUUGGUUUCGCACCUGCAAGAAGCGAAUGGUCAGCGCAUGACGUAUCAGCAAGCGUUCGACCGCCUCUCACGAGUCUUCAAAGACAAGGAAGCCAAGAAUCGCGCCGCGAUCGACGCGUUGCAGAGCGAGAAUGAGACUUUGCGGAUGAAGACAGAACAUCUUCAGGGGCUGACGGUGCCGCGGUGGCAGCGAGUCUAUAGCCUGAAGCACCGGCAACGCGGAGAAAGGAAGAGAAGCCAGGGGGUCGAGACUCGGGAAGUUGGAGACGACAAGGAGCAAUUCGAGAAGGAAGAGGAGGAGCGCGACGUGGGCAGAGUGGCGACUGUCGCUGAAGAGGCUCAGGAGGACGAGCUGGAGUCCCUGCAGAUUCAGGUUGCUUCCUUGAGUCUCCAGAACUCCCAGAAAGUUGUCUGGCUCGGCUGCCGAGAUGAGAAACUCCGACUCCUGCGGAUGGCGCUUCCGGAGGAAUACACGAAACAGAUUGAACGAACGACAGAGGGUGUCCUGGCGCUGCAUGCGAGCGCCUUCCAUUGCUUCCUCUACUUGAACCACAUCAACGCAGUGUACAUCCACCCUCUCUUCACAGACGCAGCCGACAACCCCAGGACCGCUAUCAAGGAACAAGGAUUCAUUCGGUGGCUCGUCUCAAGCGUCGUCAGCGUCUCCCGCCUCGCACGAGCUCUCACCCUGCUCCUCUAUCACCUCCGUACUUCAUCUGCUUCUGUUUCCUCGGCUUCUUCUUUGAUGGAGCAGUUGGUGAGCCCCGAGGGUGCGGCGUGUGCGCUGGUCUUUUCUGCGCUGCGGCAGACGACGAAGUUGCUGGCGAGUGCGAGUGCAUGCACAUUGUCGUCUUCGUUUUCGCUGGACGGAGUGGAGGAGACGACUCAGAGUUUGUCAGCCUUCCUUCCGCCGCUGUGCACCGCGCUGCUGUUCGAAAACGAGAUGAGCGGCGCGGCGUUCCGCAGCGUCUCCGACCAAGCGCCGUCGGGAGCGACCUCCUCCGCGUCCUCGGCCUCCGCUGCCCGCGCGCCGCUUCUGUCGCUGCUGCCUCUCGUAACCACAAUUCUGCACUCUGCUCGCGCCCUGGCGCUCCUCGGCGUCGCUGCGACAUGCGUGGUGGAAGUCGACGCGCUCCAGGACGGAGGUAGAGGAGUCUCUGCGACGAACAGGAACGCUGCGGUGGACGCGCGACGCAAGUGGGGUGAGUUGCUGGUCGUCGUUUCGUCGGCUCUCACAGCGCUGCCGCCGCCUCUCCCUGCUGUUCAGGAGGGCGUUCAGGGGAUGGCUUUGUCGACAAGCGCCAGCGAAGGCGAGAGAAACGGGGAUACACUGAGUAUUUCACCCGCCCACGAACGCAGGCAAACGCACGCGGAGUUCGAAGAAGCCAAGGACUUCGGGGCCUGGCUCCUCACUUCGGUGAGGCUCCGGAACGUCACCAGAGAAGGCGACGCAGAAAAGCGAGAAGGAAUGGAAGGCGAGGGAGAAGGAGAGAAAGGCGAAGAGAAGGAAGGGGAGAUGCGCAAGGAUGGCGGCGGUGGAGGGGCGUUCGGUCUCGAGGACGUCUAUCAGGCUCUCGGUCGCGUUGUGUCUCUCCUGGCGGAUGCACCUGAACUGCGAGAGGCACGAUUUCUUCCGGAUAAAAGCUACGAGACACUCAUGGCGUUCGCUGCGAGGUUCGAUCCGACGGAGAACACAAUGCCCACACUCUCCACCGACAUGCCUGGGCGCCGCGUCUGGGAUCUUCCCGCUGAGAGCGUGCAGACGCGCCUCGCAGAGUCCGAGAAACUCGAAAAGAAACUGAAGGACACCGAAGAAGAGAAAGAGAAACUGCGGUCGGAACUCGAAGAGCAUGAAAGAGCCAUUGCCGAGAAAAAGGAGGCAGCGGCCAAGUGGGAAAGCCUCUACAGCAGCGCCAGACCCAAGGCCGAGAGUUACGACCAAGUGGAGGCGCAGCUGCAGAGAGUUUUGCAGGAGAAGAGCACCUACCUCCACAUGUUGGAUGCGACGCGAAGAAAAGUGGAAUUAACCAGCACAGAAGCUCAUCAACUACGACACGACAAACGCGAACUGAGCGUCCAUGUCCAAGAUUUGACAAGACGAUUGGAGGCGUUGAAGAAAAUUUCGAUCUCUGCUACGUCAGGAGGAGACGUGGAGCAGAUCCAAAUCAUGAGAAAUAUUAUCCGGAAGCAGGAAUUGGAGCUCAUGGAUGUUCGCCUCGCCACUGCAUGCAAGCAAGUCGCUAAGCAAGAACAGGAUAUUUUGGAUGCCUUGCGCGAGCUGGGUCGCCCAGAGCUUGCUCGUCAGGCUUCGGUUUUCUCCCGCGUUUCGACUCUCACGCAUGAUCUCCGCAGAGACUUCGACUCUCUCGCUUCCUCGCCGGGUGUUCACCCUUCCAAGUUAGGCGUGUCUCUCCCCAAUUCUGUCCAAAAACUCUUCAACAACGAAACGCUGAAGACGCAGAUGGAAGAGGCAGAGCAAGAUGCCCUCGACAUAGGACCCGACGCGGGUGUUCAACUCCUCGACGAAUACAGGCGUUUGCAGAGCGCGGUGUUGUUGCAUGCUUUUCAAGUUCCUGUCUGGAAUCCGAGCGCCCCGCCGGAAGAGAAUCGCACGAAGCUAAAACGAUACCGCAACGAGCACGACGCUCUGCAGCUUCAGAUGUUGUCUCUGGCCAGACGAGUUGAUCGGCUCUUCUCUCGACUAGGAGGAGGACUUAACGGCGGCUUCGGCGAGCAUGCAGACCUCAGUUCUUCUCGGUACAUUCGACGCUUCACAGCUCUGGCCAACGCAGUUUCGCCUGCCUCCUGUGUGGCUCCGGAAAUGUUUUCAGUGCUCUCUUCGCAUGCACACUCGGCUGCGACUUCCACGGCGAAGAAGGAGAAGGGAGCGAAAGGUGGAGGAAAAGAGACAGAAGAGGACAGAGCAAGCGACGGGAAUGCGGGAGAGCGCACCCUCGAGGCAAUCCGAGCUGUUUCUUCUCUCGCGUUGACGAAGGCGCCAGUCAUGCGUUUGACGUUGCCGGGGGGGCCUCACUGGCAAAGUGCAUGCGGCGCGCGUUCAACUUUGUCUGCAACGACAGGCGAGGACGCUGCUCAAGUUGAAAACGAAGACGAACAGAAGAAGGCUGCGAGGGUGGCCAAGGCGAAGAGAGAGUCUCAAUCAAACUUGGUGCAAAAACUUGUCGUCACGGAGGAACAGCUCACAACUCUCUACAAAAAAAUUGCUGGGUUUUAACAAAUCUAAGUGGAAAAGCGAAGGAAAGACACGCGAGAAAGAGAGAAGGGAAGGGCAAAGGAAAGAGAAGGAGCGAAGAAGGAGAAAGAAAAGGACGCAGGAAGAGAAAAAAAGCCAGCGAGUCAGAAUGAAAGGUAUGCGACACAGGAAAAGGUUGACGCAGGUGGCGAGUCGGAGUCUGCGGCAAGUUUGUUGUUAUCAAAAGCUUCUCCGCCCAUGUCUGUCGAGAGACACCCGAAGACGUUUCAAGACAACUGGGGAGCAUCGACUUCUUUGCGGAGACUCUCCGCGAGCUGAACAGGCUUUUUUCUUGCUCGUUUCUUGUCUUUCAAAAACCACCUGCGGGGGGUGCAGCUGGCCACCGAAAUGUGAACCAUUCCGCACGCAGUGCCCUUCAAACGCCGCCCCGCA